CAGCUGGUUUGACAGCGCUAUGAUUUCACUUGGGCGAGUUGGUUCAUUCUCAAGAUCUCUAAGACCGAUCAUUACUUUUCUAUAUGCUGUACUAUAGAAUGGGCUGUGAGAGAAGUGUCAUGGAGGAUCCUGAUGAUAAAUAUGACUCCACAUGGGACGAUGAGUAUGAAGAAGGGAAGUUCGGUAUGACAGAGACAAGGACACCAUCCAGAAACCUGAGGGCUGCUAGUGACAUGCAAAGGUUCAGACAUAUGUGUCAGAACAAAAUUCAGGUACCACUUGGUCAAGAAAAACAUAAUCUUCAUUUCUAUCAGAACAGAUCACCAUCUCACCCUGAUGAUGUAUAUAUUAAAGACUAUCACAAGCACUGGCUUGGUGAUUACACAAGGCUUGAAAGAGCACACUCUUAUAUUCAGUGGUUGUUUCCAAUUCAAGAACCAGGAGGAAACUCAUAUGCACAUGUCCUUACCCUAGAAGAAAUCCAGCAUUUUCGUAGCAAUAAUGAAUUAAAGAACAAACUGCUGGAGUCUUACAAGCUCAUGUUGGACUUCUAUGGAAUACGACUUGUCAACGAGAAAACUGGAGAGGUGCAACGUGCAGGAAACUGGAAAGAGCGAUUUGAAAACCUUAACAGAAACUCACACAACAACCUUCGCAUUACUCGCAUCCUAAAGUGCCUAGGAAUCCUGGGGUUGGAUCGCUACCAGAAACCGCUGGUUCGCUUCUUCCUCGAAGAGACUCUGGUCAAAGGAACACUUCCACAAGUCAAGCAAAGUGCUCUGGACUACUUUAUGUUUGCUGUUCUGAACAAAUCUGAACGAAAAGAACUGAUCAAAUAUGCCUUCUGGAACUUUGAGCCAAAGGAGCAAUUUGUGUGGUGCCCUAGAAAGAUUAGAAGAAAACUAUUGAGAGAAAUCGCACAAAAGGAACAUUCAUCACGGCCACCGGCAAGAAGGGAAAAAAUGCAUCACCAAACAGAUUAUAAAAGAAGUUCAAGGAACAGAGGGGCACAAAAUGAAGGCCUGAGUCGAAAAGAUCCCAGGCACUAUCGCCUUUCAACACAGAACUGGUUUCACUGACACUAAUCUAAGUUUAGAUUUGUAACCAGAACAGUGCAGCCAGGAUGAACUUGUUGAUUUAAUCAGGGUGGCAAUAUGCUCAGUGUCUACAGUACAAGUAACUUAUUUCAGGUGUCAUUUAUUUGCUUAUGUUAUACAUUCAUAACAUUUAUUCAGUCAACCAAUAGUUGUUCAGAUCAAGUCGUUGCUAAAUGGAAUUGCAGUGAAACUUCAGUAAAUAACACAUCUGAUGGAAUUGUCAUAUUCCUGAUAUUUCCUAUUGUUAUGUAUAAUUUUCAAUCUCACUGUAUCUUUACAAUCACUUUUAAUUUAAUGGGUAUGAUUAUUCUUUUAUACCUUCUACAUACUUUUCCACAAUAUUUGUAUAAGAAAUGAAAAAUAUUGAAUAAAACACUUAUUAGAAUAUGAUCUUAUUGAGUAAUUGUAGCCAAAACUACGGGUAUAAAACUGGCAUUGAAUCAUGCGAGUCAGUCAAAUACUGUGAGCUGAACAAAAAGAUAUGGCUCAUUGCAAAGAAGCAAAUUUAGCACAAAGCAAAACCAGGGUACUGAAACUGUACCUCGCUGCAGUGGUAUUGUAAUGAUAAAUAAAAAGAUGAAAUGAAAA